AUGGGGAGAUACCGUCAUCUUCAUCCUCUUCUUCUCUGCCUCCCCCUCCUCAUCUCUGCACUGAGCAACAAGGAGAAGAAACUGAUUGUGGACAAACACAACGUCUACCGAUCGCAGACCGACCCCCCCGCCGCCAACAUGAGGGCACUGAGCUGGGACUCCACCCUGGAAGAGCUGGCCACAUCCUAUGCAGCAAAGUGCAUCUGGGAACAUAAUGAGCAACGCGGACUCCGGGGGGAAAACCUCUUCCUGAUGUCAGGCUCCAGGAUGGAUGUGGACAUGGGAUUGGCUGAUUGGUAUAAUGAGCGAGACUUCUACAACUUCACUGCCGACACCUGCCAGGAGGGACAAAUGUGUGGCCACUACACUCAGGUGGUCUGGGCUGAGACACAACGGGUCGGAUGUGGAGAACAAUUCUGUGAGAAGAUGGAGGGGUUUGAACAUGCCAACAUGCAUUUCCUGGUCUGUAACUACGAACCUCCAGGGAACUUCCAGGGCCAGAGGGCAUAUAAGGUGGGGGCCCCAUGUUCGGCCUGCCCGGAGACACACAGCUGUAAGGAGUCUCUGUGUGUAGAUUUAGACAAAGAGCCAAAGGAAAGCAGCACAGAUUUGCCAGACACGAGCUCUGAGCCGGCCCCUGAGAGCGUACCUGAGCUGGCUCUAUAUACAAUAAUGAUGGCACCGUAUACAAUAACGAUUUCUCCAGAUACGGUACCCAUGGCACCAGAUACAACAUCUGAAUUGGGACCAGACACAACGUCACAGCUGAUACCAGAGAAACAACUAGAAUCUUCUUCAGACAAAACAGUAUUGGAAGCAGACAUUACGACAGCAAAGUCUGAGUCUGACCCAACACCACCACCUGUACCAACCACAACAUUAUCAUCCACCAUACCAACCACAAGAUCAUCAACCACAACAUCCGAUCAGAUACUGGACUUAACUCCAUCCGGUCCAGAGGAUUCCUCCAUUGGCUACCCACAGACACCUGAAGAUUCAAGUCCACAGAUAGCUCUUGGCACAACUGAUGAUGAUGAUAGAUCCAUAUUGCCUGCCACAGCUAUAGAGCAUACCAGCUUGGAUCAAGGUGCACGCCAUUCAAAUGCCAAUACUCCACCUACCGAGAAACAGAAGGAUGACAGGAUACCCGAGGAAUCUGGAAGGCAAAGCUACACAGAUUCUUCCCUCACCACUACAAGGAGUUCUGGUGAUAAUACAGUUUCCACAAAGACAGAUAAGAUUUUGGAAAGUAUUAGCAUUGUCCCACCUACUCCAGAGCGUCCGUCCAUCUCAUUGGGGUCACCUUCGCCUUCUAAAACCAUAAGUGAUCAAACGUUUUCAAAAGAUGGGCUAAACACAGGUGAUGUACCAACUAUGGCUACAAUUGGCACUGCAUCAUCAUCUUCUAAGAAAGUGUUGGAUGAAGAUGUCUCUGUAUUAGUGGACAAGGAUCACCCGAAGGACAGCCCGGUCCAAGCAACACCAAAACCUCUUCAACUGUUAAUGCCACCAUCUAAAGAUCUAAACAAGGGCCAGAAAGACCAAAAGAAUCCAUAUUCUGAUCCAAGAACAGCCCAAAAACUAAAGAAGGAGAAAGAAAAGAGCAAACAAAAGGCAAACGUUUCUUUUUUUCCUAAAAAGGAUCUGCUCAAACCAAAGUUCUUCUCUAAAGGUGUGAAAUGGGGUUUCAAAUCCGGAUUUUCAGAACGCUCAUAUUUCGGUAAUCAUGUCUACAGCCCAGGCUUUGGCCAGGCCCAUAGACCUCUCUGUCCUUACCCUUGUCUCAAGCCACCAUCCACGUUUCCUCUCUAUAACAACAAUAUUGCAUCACCUGGGGGAGACCAACACCACAAAGACUGGUCAUCCUACAAGGCAAUUACCAAAAAGCCUUGCAAACUCUUCGGAUACAAGAGAGGGGUAUACAGCCUGUACCUGCCAUCCAAAAAUAUGGAGGAGAAUCUAACUAAGCCAAAGAGCUAA